AUGUCUUCCAAGUUCAUCUCCUCUUUGACUGCCCGUCGCACCGUCUACGCCUUGUCGGCCUCUUCUCCCGUCCCCAACUCGAAGGUCAGUCCAAGCCUCAGGGGCUGGGGUCGAGCAGAUCCGGAAAGCUCGUCGCUCGGAAGUGGGAGCGUCGUUCACUGAUGCGAGUUCCUCUCGCAACGUUUCCCAGAUUGUGGAGAUUGUCAAUGAAAUCGUCAAGCACUCGCCGACGGCGUUCAACUCGCAGUCUUCAAGGGCCGUUGUAGUCUUUGGUGAGUCUCCGCUUUCUCCGGAUCGUCCUCGGAGUAGCCUUCAGGCAAGUUGAUCCGGAAAGAGCGUCGAACUGAUCGAGUAUUGUGUGUCUUCCCUCCUCAUCUCCUCUAUUCCUCCAGGCGAUGAGCACAAGAAGGUAAGCACUGGCUCAAGUUCUUCAAAAUACGACGACAUGGCCUCGUAUGCUAAUGACGAUCCAAUUUCUUAGGUCUGGCAAUUCACCAAGAAGGCGCUCAAGGCGAUCGUCCCCGCCGAAGCGUGGCCCCAAUCGGAGCAACGCGUCAGUGGGUUCGAGAACGCUCACGGCACGGUCCUUCUCUACGAGGACAAGAACGUCGUCAAGGGUCUGCAGGAGAAGAUGCCCAUGUACGCGGACAAAUUCCCGCUAUGGGCGGACCAUGCUCAUGGGUAAGCCGAAAGAAAGCCUCUCGUUCCGAGUUGUGAUCUUCCGAGCUAACUCGUCCUUGAUCUCUAUAUUCGUUCAGCAUCCUCGCUUCCAACUUGUGGGUCGCGCUCGAGCUCGAAGGUCUCGGCGCCAACUUACAACACUACAACCCUCUUUUGGACGCCGACGUUCAAAAGGAGUUUGACAUCCCCGAAGGAUGGGAACUCAAGGCGCAACUCGUGUUCGGCAAAGUUGAGGCUCCCGCCGGCGAGAAGACGUUCCAACCUCUCGAGAGCCGAGUCAAGGUCUUUGGUGCCUAA